UAAAGCUCUUAUGCAGCUAAAGGAAACUGAGCCGUUUCCUGACUGCAUGUACCAGCCUUGUCUCUUUUUCCCUAGUGAAAUCAUGUGAUGCCAUUCCAAACCAACUUCUCAAUGGCCACGUGGUUCCUCCUCCUAACCUCCAGCUUGGGGCAGAGGUUUCCUUUGUUUGUGAUGCAGGGUGAGUGUGAGGUGAUAGGGCCUGAAUUGACACCUAUCCAGAGCUGAGAAGUGCAACAUGUGAGCUCUAAAAAUGGUUCAUUUUUUUUUCUCACUUUGAUUCUUUUUCCUCUCCUUUUCUUUACACUUUACGACUAAGAACUCUGUGAGUAACCAUACGCUUUUCAUUUUCUACAAGUGUAUGAAUUGGGUAUGGUCAGUCAAGGCUGGAAAAUAUCCAUUCAUUAUUUGAAAAAGAAGAGUUUUGGUUCAAAAGUUAAAGGUCUUGUUAUAAAGAAUGAAUACAUGAUCUGGGUUCAGUCAAAGAGACUCCUCAGGGUGAACUUGUGUAACAAGGUCUUUGAUAUUUUCUUCUUUAGGAUUUGAGGCCUUUAUCUUCACGAUGGUCAAGAAACUCUUGACCUUUGGAUGCCAAAGAGGAGAGGGAGAGAAUUCAGGAAAAGAAUAUGAUUCUUAGGCUUUGUUUUCUCUCUGUUGUUACCUAGUCUGGAUCUAUCGUAUGACUGAGUGGACUUACAAGUAACCUUGGACUUUUUCCUUAUCAGAAAUGCUUUAAAAUAUAGAUUCUAUCCAUACUUGAAAAAAGUGAUUAAUUCCAUGCAACAGAGAAUUGGUUUCUUUUAGUGAUGAUUUGCUACCCCUUAUUAUUUAAGGUUCCGAUUAAAUGGCAAAUCUUCUAGUCAGUGUGUCCAAGAAGGAAUGACAGUAAUCUGGAGUAAUAAGUUUCCUGUCUGUGAACGUGAGUAGAAAACAAGAAUCAUCAAAUAUGGAUCUUGCCUCUUGAUGUUGUUUGUGUUUACAUACGUUUGCCAACUAUAACAUCUUAUCCAUGUGUGUGCUUUGAAUGAAGACAUCUGUAUUUAUGUAUUUAUAUCCAUACAGGCAUAUAUAAAUAGAUAUGUAGAUGCUCACUUUUCUCUCUGUUUUAGCAUGUAGAACCAGAAGGGUUAAAUUUACUCAGUUGACUGCAUGUUGUAUUGUGGAUUCUAGACAUACAGUUACCAGGACCAAAACCAAGCAUAGAAGGAUGUGCUAAAACAGUUAAACUGUGUCUUCCUGUGCAAGUUCCUCUACUGAAGGGCUCCUCUUGGAGCCAGGGAAAUUAACUAAAAAGGGUGGAGUUUGGUAGUUUUUUCUUUGUUCUGAGGCUUACCCAGGAGAGGUGUGCAUAUUAACAACUAAUACCAUUCAUGCCCAUUAGGACACACAAAUAAAGGAUAUGAAGUGAUUAUUCAAAGAUUCUGUUCACUUCCUGUGACUUUCUCAAAGGAAUCUAGCUUUGAGGAAUGGCAGCUGACCUGUGGUCAAGUUGCAGUAUCUGUAGUGGUAGGACCAAACGUGAUCAUGCCACCUGUAACCCCAGGAAUUUCUUGUGACCCUCCUCCUCCUAUAAAAAAUGGUCGGAACAGUGCUUACUCUCAACCUAUACGUCUUGGUACCGUAAUAAGGUACACUUGUGUGGCUAAAUAUCGUCUCAUCGGAGAAAAAGUUAUUUUGUGUAUAAGUAAAGACCAAGUGAAUGGAGUCUGGGAUAAACCUGUUCCUGUAUGUGAAUAUUUCCAAAAAGAUUCUUCUUGCUCUGAGCCCACUGUACCAGGGGGAUACAGAAAUAGAGAAGCUAGACCGCCAUACAAACAUGGUGAUUCUGUGACAUUUACCUGUAAAGCCAACUUCACCAUGAAAGGAAACAAAACUGUUUGGUGCCAAGCAAAUAAAAUGUGGGGCCCAACGCCACUACCGACCUGUGAGAGUGAUAUCCCUCUGCAGUGUCCAACACUUCCUGAGAUCCACAAUGGACAUCACACAGGGCAAAAUGUGAGCCAGUUUGCCCCAGGAUUUUCUGUGACUUACAGUUGUAAACGUGGCUACUUGCUUAAUGGAGAAAAGAUCAUUAGGUGUCUAUCUUCGGGAGACUGGAGUGCUGCCCCUCCCACAUGCAAAGAGGCACGGUGUGACACUCCAGCUCAGCUUCUCAAUGGGCGGGUAGAGGUACCUCAAAGUCUUCUGGCUGGAGUGACUGCGAAAUUCUCCUGUAAUGAAGGGUACAGAUUACAAGGCCAACCUUCUAGUCAGUGUGUAAUUGCUGGAAAUAAAGCUAUUUGGACCAAGAAACCUGUAUGUGAAGAAAUUCUUUGCCCACCACCUUCUCCUAUUCUCAACGGAAGACAUACAGGCAGCUCUUCAGGGAAAUUUUCAUAUGGAAGCAGUCUCACUUACACUUGUGACCCAGACCCGGAGAAAGGAGUGAAAUUCAUCCUUAUUGGGGAGAACACUAUCCGUUGUACCAUGGAUAGUCAGAAGUUGGGGACCUGGAGCGGCCCUGCACCACGCUGUGAACUUUCUACUUCUGCGGUUCAUUGUCCACAUCCCCAGAUCCUGAGAGGCCAAAUGUCAUCUGUGCCAAAAGAUCAAUAUUCCUAUAAUGACACGGUGGUAUUUGCUUGUGAGCCCAGCUUCACCUUGAAGGGCAGUGGGAAAAUACGAUGUAAUGCCCAAGGCACGUGGGAGCCAUCAGUGCCCGUCUGUGAAAAGGAAUGCCAGCCACCUCCUACAAUCCUCAAUGGGCAAAGAGAAGAUAGACGCCUGGUCCGCUUUGACCCUGGGACCUCCAUAAAAUAUAGCUGUAAUCCUGGCUAUGUGCUGGUAGGAGAAGAAUACUUAAACUGCACCUCGGAAGGAAAGUGGACACCCACUACCCCUCAGUGCAAAGUGGCGGAGUGUAAACCGAAAGGACCGCAACUCUUUGAAAAACCUCAGAAUGCGUUUAUUAGACCAGCUGUUUACUCUUCUUGCGGUGAAGGGUACCGGUUAAGUGAGAAUGCUUAUCAACUGUGUGAAGGUACAGUUCCUUGGUAUAUGGAGAUUCGUCUUUGUAAAGAAAUCACCUGCCCACCACCCCCUGUUAUCUACAAUGGGAUACACACAGGGAGUUCCUCCGAAGACGUUCCAUAUGGAACCAUAAUCACUUAUACGUGUAACCCCGGGCCAGAGAAAGGAGUCCAAUUCAACCUCAUUGGGGAGCGCACCAUCCAGUGUACAAGCACUGAUCGAGAGAGAGGCACCUGGAGUGGCCCCGCUCCUCUCUGUAAACUUUCCCUCCCUGAUGUCCAGUGCUCAGAAGUCAUCAUUGAAAAUGGAGUCAAGACAUCCAUAAAGCCAGCCCCAUAUUUCUACAAUGACACUGUGACCUUCAAGUGUAAUAAUGGAUAUACUUUGAAGGGUAGUGGUCAGAUUCGUUGCAAAGACAAUGAUAUCUGGGAUCCUGAAAAACCAGUUUGUGAAAAAGGAUGCCAGCCUCCUUCUGGGCUCCAUCACGGUCGGCAUACAGGUGGAAAUAUGGUCCUCUUUGUCCCGGGGAUGACUGUAGACUACACUUGUGACCCUGGCUACAUGCUUGUGGGAAACAAAUCCAUUCAGUGUAUGCCUUCAGGACACUGGAGUCCCACUCCACGAUGUGAAGAAGCAUGUAGGGAUGUGACAACGCUUCCAGCUGAGGCACAUGUGGAACUAGUGAACACGGCCUGUCAAGACGGGUACCGGUUGACUGGACAUGCUUACAAGAAAUGUCAAGAUGCUAAGAAUGGGGUUUGGUUCCAGAAGAUUCCACAAUGUAAAGCUAUUCACUGUCCCCCUCCACCUAAGAUUGACAACGGGAGGCACACGGGCAUGAUGGCAGAGCACUUUCUGUAUGGAAUUGAAGUCUCUUAUGAAUGUGACCAAGGAUUCUAUCUUCUGGGGAAGAAAAUUUUACAGUGUGGAAAUGAUUCUCUAGGACAUGGGUCUUGGAGUGAACCUCCCCCACGGUGCCUACAGUCUCCGCCUGUAACUCACUGCCCUAACCCAGAAAUCAAACAUGGAUACAAGCUCAACAAAACUCGUUCUGCAUAUUCCCACAAUGACCUAUUGUAUGUUGCCUGCAAUCCAGGCUUCAUCAUGAAAGGAAGUCACUUGAUAAGGUGUCAUACAGAUAACACCUGGGUACCAGGGGUACCGACUUGUUUCAAAAAAGCUUUCUUAGAGUGUCAGCCUCCACCUACCAUCGCCAAUGGGUCUCAUACUGGUGGAAAUAAAGCUGAGUUUGCUGCUGGAAUGUCAGUCCUGUACAGCUGUGACCAAGGCUAUCUGCUGGUGGGAGAGGAGUUCCUUGUCUGCACAUAUGAGGGAACCUGGAGUCACCCUGCCCCUUACUGUAAAGAGGUAAACUGUAACUUCACCGAGAAUAUGAAUGGAAUCCAGAAGGGACUGGAGCCUGGGAAGAUGUAUCAGUAUGGAGCUGUCGUAACUAUGGAGUGUGAAGAUGGUUAUACCCUGGAGGGCAGCCCUCAGAGCCAGUGCCAAGGCGACCACCAAUGGAACCCUCCCCUGGCUGUCUGUACAUCCCGUUCAUUUGCUCCUCUUCUUUCUGGUAUCGUGGCAGGUUCAGUACUUGCUCUCUUCUUGGUUGGUGUCUCCUUAUACAUGAUACUUAAGUACAGAGAACACAAUUAUUAUACAAAUACAAGCCCUAAAGAUGGAGCUCUUCAUUUAGAAACACGAGAAGUAUACUCUGUUGAUCCGUACAACCCAGCAAGCUAAUCAGAAGACAAACUGAUCCUGUUUUCUGAAGAAGCAUGUCUUAUGGAAUGAUGUCUUCUAAUAGGCGUUAAAGGUUAUAAUUGAAUGAAAACAUUAACGCUCUCAUUAUUUGAACAUCAAGUUGCACCGCUGCCACCUAAACACGAACGACCUAUUUCCAUGUGGUUUAUGACUUGGAAUCCCAUGGAACAUUCAUUGGAAAGACAUCACCUUAAGAUCAGCAAGUCUCUUUGUGUGGUCUCAACGUCAGUCAAGUGAUUUCAUAAGCUAAUAACUUCCUGUAUGUACUUAUUCCCAAGCAAAUCAAAGAAAAUUUGCUUGAUAUUAAAGACAGGAACUGAGGUUCACUGCCAUGAGCAGUGCAAGGCUUUGCCAAAGACUCCCUGUGAUCUGCCUAAAGCCAGGCUGUGGCAAUGAAAAAGGACAUGGCUUUAGAAGUGUCACCUUCUUACCAAAGCACUGAAAAGAGCUGUCCUCGCCUCUAGACCGAUCCUCUUUUGUAGCCAGCGUACUUACUGUUGCCAUAUGCUUUGGGUUUAAUGUGGCUUUAAUUAUUUAAGCCACAUACAGAGUACGCUCUGUGAUUAUGAUGGGCCUGCCUUUGGGGAAAGACUGGCUUUAUUUUAAUAGUAGCUUCCUUCUCUGAUGUGGUUAAAUAUUUCACUUUUAGCCCCAUUUGUUUUAAGUUUCUCUGACAAACUGUAUAUCCUUUGCCUUUUCCAUAAUCACUGAUUUCAAUUUGCACAAGUUUUUUUUUUUUUUUUAUUAUAGGAGUCAAGUUUUAAUUCUAAUGAUUUGGUAUAUAUUUCAAGCUUUGGAUAUUUUCUGAACAUUUUUAAUAUGUACAUUAGUCAUUCAAAUAAACUGUAUUUGCAAAACAAACAAACAAAAAUCACUUGCCUUGUAUGAUUCUGUUUUUCUGGAAUCAAUAUUUUUUAUCUUUUGUACCAGAGAUUGAACCCAGGGGUUCUUAACCACUGAGCCACGUCCUCAGCCCUUUUUAUGUUUUAUUUUGAGACAGGGUCUCACUGAUUUGCUCAGGGCCUCAGCAAGUUGCUGAGGCUGGCUUUGAACUUAUGAUCCUCCUGCCUCAGUCUCCCAAGCUGCUGGGAUUCCAGGCCUGUGCCACCACACCUGACUAGAAUCAAUAAACUCCUGGCAUAACUGACAUAGUUAUGUCUUGAAUAACAGUCACA